CGCAGGCAGCCCCACCGCCACGCCUGCUGCUGCCUUUGCUCUCCGGCUCGCUGGGGUCCAGCACCGCGGCAGCGCCCGGUGCCACCGGCGUGGGCCAGCAGCCCCCGCGCCCCCGGCACCACACGCAGGCACCGUCCGGUCUCGCUGCCGCCAUGGCCAUCUCCUCGCGCCUCGCGCUCUGGGAGCAGAAGAUCCGGGAGGAGGACCGGGCCCCCCCGCCGUCUGCACCCCCCCUGCUCCUCUCUGUCAUUCCUGGGGGGUUCAUCAAGCAGCUCGUCCGCGAGACCGAGAAGGAGUCCAAGGAGGCGAGACUGAAGAAGAAAGCCAAGGCCACCGCGAAAGAGGACCCCGUGGGGGAGGCCGGCGGGACCCGCACCGGGGACACCCCAGCUGCUGGAGGAGCCGCGGCCAGCAAGGGGCAGCCGCUGCAGAACGGGCUGCACGCAGAGGGGCAGGGGGGUGAGGGAGCCCCGGCCCCCCCGGACACAGCGCUGCCACCUGGGAGGGCUGCACCGGGCCCCGGACCCUGCAAAGCCCCGGCCCCCACCCCCAGACCAGCAGAGACCCCUCACCCGGGGGCUCCCGAGGCGGCGAAGCCAUCGUCGUGCCCUGAGAAGAGCCCCAAGGACGCACACCCAGGGGGGAGCCCCCCAGCUCCAGCCCCCGCGCCCAGCAAGGGCCCCCAGAGCUGCAGCAAAGGCCCAGUGAAGGAGGGGGACGCACUCAAGGGGAAGGGUCCUGAGGGCAGCAAGGAGAAGGGGGCACCUGAGGGCAGCAAGGAGGAGGAGAAGGGGGCACCCGACAGCAAAAAGAAGGAGAAGGGGGCAGCUGAGAGCAACAAGAAGAAGGGGGAACCUGAGAGCAGCAAGGAGAAGGGGGCACCUGCAAUCCGCGAGGGGCCCACAGCCAAGGGGAGGACCAAGAGGGAGCUGGCGCUGGCCAAGAAGGAGCCGGAGAAGAUGAAGAAAGAUGCGGGAGGUGUCAAGGAGGCGAGGGGAAUUAAAGAGCCUGAAAAAACUACAAACAAGUCUGAGGGACCUAAGGGGGAGCCGGGAGGCAUCCAAGGAAAGCCAGAAGAUGUGGCAAAGGAGGCAGGGAAGGCAAAGGAAAAGUCAGGGAAGAGUAAAGAGGCACCAGAAGGAAGCAAGGAGGCACCCAGAGAGAGCAAAGAAGCAAGCACGGAGAGCAAAGAGGAGACGGCAGACAGCGCAGACCAGGACCAGGCCCCCAGGGACGUGUGGUACGAGGCGGAGAAGGUCUGGCUCCUCCAGCGGGACGGCUUCACGCUCGCCACGCAGCUGAAGCCGGACGUGGGGACGCCGGAGCUGCCGUUGGGCAGGGUGAGGGUGCGCCUGGAGGCGGACGGCAGCGUGGUCGAGGUGGACGAGGACAGCGUGCAGCGGAGCAACCCCCCCAGCCUGGACCUGGCCGAGGACCUGGCCUCGCUCAUCAGCCUCAACGAGUGCAGCGCCCUCAACACGCUGCGGCACCGGCUGGGCGCCCAGCUCCCCUACACGUACGCCGGGCCCAGCCUGCUGGCCCUCGGGGGGGGACCCAACGCCGCCAGCCGGGCGGCCAAGGUGGUGAAGGGCCGUCGGGACGGGAUGCCCCCGCACCUCUGCUCCUUGGCACAGCGAGCCUACAGGACCCUGCUCAUGGAGCGGCACGACCAGGCCAUCGUGCCCCUGGGGCGCAGCGGAGCGGGGAGGACGGCGAGCUGCCAGGGCGCCCUGGAGUACCUGGUGGGCACGGCGGGCAGCGUGGACGGCACGGUCUCAGUGGAGAAGAUCCAGGCGAUGUUCACGGUCCUGGGAGCCUUCGGGUCAGUGACCACGAGCCACAGCAGCAGCUCCACGCGCUUCUCCAUGGUUCUCUCGCUGGAUUUCAGCGCCACGGGCCGCAUAACCGCCGCUCACCUCCAGACCAUGCUGCUGGAGAGGGGCCGAGUCGCCCAGCAGCCCCUCGGGGAGAGCAACUUCAACGUCUUCCCUCUGAUGCUGGCGGGCCUGGAUGCGGCGCAGAGGACCACGCUGCACCUGCACCAGGUGGCUGAGAGCAACUCCUUCGGGAUCAAGCCGUUCUCAAAGCCCGAGGAGAAGCAGAGAGCCUCGGCGGCGUUCGCCCAGCUCCAGGCUGCCAUGGGCGCGCUGGGCAUCACGGCGGAGGAGCAGGCGGCCGUGUGGCGCGUGCUGGCCGGCAUCUACCACCUGGGAGCCGCUGGGGCCUGCAAAGUCGGCCGCAAGCAGUUCAUGAAGUUCGAGUGGGCGAGCCGCGCGGCCGACGUGCUGGGCUGCGAGCUGGAGGAGCUCACCACCGCCGUCUUCAAGCACCACCUCAAGCAGAUCAUCGCGCAGGCGACGGCGCGGGGCGGCCGGCUGCCCCCAGAGGAGGAGAGCCCCUCAGGGCCGAAGAUGACGGGCGUGGAGUGCGUGGAGGGGAUGGCUGCGGGUCUCUACGAGGAGCUCUUCGCCGCGCUCGUCUCCCUCAUCAACAGGUCCUUCUCAUCCCAGCACCUCUCCAUGGGCUCCAUCGCGGUGGUGGACACCCCCGGCUUCCACAACCCGCGGCACCACGGCGGGGAGCGCGCGGCCACUUUUGAGGAGCUCUGCCACAACUACGUGCACGAGCGGCUGCAGGCCCUCUUCCACGAGAAAACCUUCGUGUCGGAAAUGGAGAGGUACAAGGAGGAAAAUGUUGAGGUGUCUUUUGAUCUUCCAGAGCACUCUCCACUGGCCACGCUGUCCAUCAUCGACCUGAACUCCUCACAGCUGCAGGUGCUGCCUGGCAGCCUGGGGGCUGACCGCAGGGGGCUGCUGUGGAUCCUGGACGAGGAGGUGCUGGUCGCGGGCUCUGGGGACAGUGCUGCCUUUGACCGCCUGUGCUCCUACUUCACCCCAAAGGGACCCGACCAGGACGGGCCUGGCUGCGUGCGCAGGUGCGAGCAGGAGCUGCACUUCGAGAUCCCCCACCAGCUGGGCACAGACCCCGUGCGCUACGACCUGGCGGGCUGGGUGGGCAAAGCCAAGCUGAACCUGUCGGCAGAGAACGCCAGCCAGCUGCUGCAGCAGUCCCGGCUGAGCGCAGUGCAGGAGCUGGUCCUGCCUCGCCGCCGGGCGCCCCGGGGCUGCCGUGCCGUGGCGGGGCUGGAGGGAUGCUCGCAGGCGGCCCUGCAGCGCAGCGCCUGCAUUAGGAAGACCUUCGCCAGCAGCUUGGCGGCCGUGAGGAAGAGGUCGGUGUGCGCCCAGCUCAAGCUGCAGGCGGACGCGCUCACCAGCCUGCUGCGGCGGUCCCAGCUGCACUUCGUCCACUGCCUUGUCCCGGGAGCAGCAGUGGAGGGGGGGGACCCGGCGGCCCUGGACAUGCCGUCCCUGCGAGCCCAGCUGGGGGGCACCCAGCUCCUGGAUGCCCUGCGCCUCCGCCGCACCGGGUACGCCGAUCGCAUGCUCCUGACCCAGUUCCGACGGCGCUUCCAGGUGCUGGCUCCGGCCGUGAUGAAGAAGCACACGUCUGCCUACGAGGUGCCGGAUGAGAGCAAGGCCAUAGAGGAGCUCUUCCAGGCGCUGGAUCUGGAGAAGAAAAGCGUGGCGAUAGGACGCAGCCAGGUGUUCCUGAAGGCGGGGGUGAUGCCCAGGCUGGAGAAGCAGCGCGACAAGCUGAUAGCCCAGAAGAUAAUCCUCCUCCAGGCCGCUUGCAAGGGCUUCCUCAGCCGCCAGAAGUUCAAGAGGCUGAAGGUCCAGCGCCUCGCUGCCCGCUGCAUCCACAAGAACCUGGCCCUCUUCCAGGCCAUCAGGCACUGGCCCUGGUGGCAGCUGCUGAGCCGCGUGCGGCCCUUGCUCAGCGUCAGCCAGGCGGAGGAGCAGCUCCGGGCAAAAGAAGAGGAGCUGGCGGCGCUCAGAAGAAAGCUGGAGAAAUCGGAGCAGUCCUGCAGCGAGCUCAGGCAGAACACGGAGAAGCUGGAAAGCAAGAUCAUCGACCUGACGAUGGAGCUGUCGGACGAGCGGCACAAGGGCGAUGUUGCUUGCCAGGUGUUGGACGGGGAGCGGGCGGAGAGGCUGCGGGGUGCUCGGGAGCUGCAGGAGCUGCAGAACAAACACGACCAAGUGCAGAAGAAGCUGCAGUCAGUGCAGAAGCAGCUGGAGGAGGCCCAGCAGCUGGUGCAGUUGCGUGAGAUGAAGAUCAGCGGCUCUGAAGGAGAGGACGCGUGGCACGUGCGGUUUGACUGCGCGCAGACCGAGAUCGCCUUCCUCCAGAAGCGGCUGGCGCAGCUGGAGGAGCGGCUGGGCGCCGAGCUCAGCACCCGGACGGGGCUCGAGCAAAAGCUGGGUGAGGCGCAGGCAGCGUGCGGGGUGGCCCGGGCAGCGGCGCAGCAGCUGCGGCGGCGCUGCAGGAGGCUGGCCUGCGAGCUGGAGGACGCACGGGCGCUCGCCGAGAGCCAGCAGAGCCGCAACCACGAGCUGGAGAAGAAGCAGAAGAAGUUCGACCUGCAGCUGGCCCAGGCCCUGGGGGAGUCUGCGUUUGAGAGGAGCCUCCGUGAGAAGGUGGCCCAGGAGAACUCCUCCCUCAGGUGGGAGAUGGGCAAGCUCCAGCAGAGCUUGGAGCAGAAGCAGGCGGAGGGGGCCAGCCUGGAGCAGCGGGCGGCACAGCUGGCAGAACGGCUGCAGGAGCUCAGCGCCCCCGGCGCCCCGGAUGCCCGCGCCGUGCCCACGCUCCGGCAGCAGCUCUGGGACCUGGAGGCCAGCACCACCGAGCAGCAGAAGGAGCUGGAGCGGCAAACGGCCGCCGUCGACCACCUGGAGCAGCUCCACCAGCGGCUGGAACUGGAGAUCGAGCGGAUGAAGCAGAUCCACCAGAAGGAGCUGGAGGACAAGGACGAGGAGCUGGAGGACGUGCGGCAGUCCUGCCAAAGGAGGCUCCGCCAGCUGGAGAUGCAGUUGGAGCAGGAGUACGAGGAGAAGCAGACGGUGCUGCAUGAGAAGCGGGACCUGGAAGGGCUGGUCGGCACCCUGUGUGAGCAGAUCGGCCACCGUGACCUCGACGUGGAGAAGCGGCUGCGGCGGGACCUGCGCCGGACGCGUGCGCUGCUGGCCGACGCGCAGCUGCUGCUGGCCGCCCCCGCGGAGCCCGGUGCCGCCAGCGCUGCCGAGCUGGAGCGGCUGCACCGGCAGCUGGAAGAGAGCGAGGCGAGGUGUGCGGAGGCCCAGAGGUCCCAGCAGGCGACAGCCCUGCAGCUGGAGAACCUGCACGCGGAGCUGGAGACCCUCAGCAGAAACAAGACCCUGGCGGACGAGCAGCUCUCCCAGCUGCAGCACGAGAGAGCCGACCUCCUGCGGCGGGUCGACGAGGACCAGGAAGAUCUGAACGAGCUCAUGGCGAAGCACAAGGCCCUGAUCGCACAGUCUGCAACAGAUAUCGCUCAGAUCCAGGAGCUACAGACGCAGGUGGAGGACGCAAAGAAGGAGAAGCAGAGCCUCCAGGAGAAGCUGCGGGCGGCGCAGGCGAGCGCAGCGCGCUUGGAGCAGCGCCCGGCCGAGCGCGCGGUCAUCAGCCGGCAGGAGGCCCACAUCCGCGACCUGGAGAGCCGCCUGGACUGCCAGGCCGUGCAGAUGAAGCGCUUCGAGGUGCUGGUGCUGCGCUUGCGGGACAGCAUCAUAAAGAUGGGCGAGGAGCUGGAGAAGGCGGCCGAGUCGGAGGCACGGGAGAAGGAGAGCACCAAGUACUACCAGAGGAGGAUGGAGGAGAUGAAGGCGGACAUGAACGAGCUGGUGCAGAGGGAGCUGGAGUCCAGCCGCCGGCGCGUGGAACUGGAGCAGCAGCUGGCCGAGGUGGCGGCGGCGCGGCAGGGGCUGCAGGCGGACCUGGGCACCGCCAUCCGGCGCAUCGCCGACCUGCAGCUGGCCCUGGAGGAGCUGCGCGCCAGCGACGAGAGCGACGCCGAGAGCGUGCAGACGGCGCGGGACACGCUCUGCUCCAGGAGGGAGACGGACGCCUGCUCCAGCGUCGGCUCCAUUCUGACCCUGGAGCCUGCAGAAAGCAUCCGCUCCUGGCUGGGCUCGGCUGCGGGCUGGUCGUCCCCGACGGGUGCCAGCGUGGCCGGGAGCCUCUCGGCGCAGUCCAUGGGGAGCCGCAGCGCCCAGGGCCCGAGGGGGAGCAGAGACAUGGCAGAGCCAGCAGCCACCCGGCCGGGCUCUUCGCUGAGCACCACGAGGUCCGUCGAGGCUGGGGACCUGGGGACAGCUGCAAGUCCUUUGCUCGGUGCUAGAAGACGGGAAUACGGCAAACCUCCCGCAGACGAAGAGGAGCUGUUGGGCCCGAAGCAGCCGUCGGAUAAAGCAGGAGCGUGGUCCCCGCUGGUGCCACGGCGGGGGCUCUCGCCCGCCCUGGAGGGAAGGACCCCCAGCCCAGCGUCUCCGCCAGUGCCGAGGAGCGCUCGCUCCCCGCUGCCCAGCGCCUCGGCUGCGCUCUCUGACUACGUGGGGGAGCUGCGCAGGAGAAGGGGAGCGGAGCGGGAGCAGGGGCCACUGCAGCUGGAGGACGCCUCUGCCCUCCCCAUCUACCGCACCACCGGUGCCGCUGCCCUGCGGCGCUGCCGGGUGCGCCCGGAGGUGGCCGAGACCCCGGGGGACUUGAGCACAGAUCAGCCCGGGGCUAGCGGCGGAGCCGGCAGCAGCCUCCUGCGCUCCAGCAGCCUGCGGAGCAUGGCCUGGGAGCCGGUGGAGACAGAGGAGCCGGCACGCUCCCCGGUGCUGAGAAGAGCCUCCAAGUUCGGCUCCUGCGACUCCCUUCUGCUCUCCCUGGGCAGCUCCGGCCGUGGCCUGAGCUCGGCAGCUGCGGGGAUGGAGGCGCUCGGGGCGCCCCGGCCGAGGCCGUGGAGGAGCUGCCUGGAGCCGUCGGCGGAGGAGGGAGGGGAGGCAUUGGGCUGGGCCUCGCUGGGCUGUCGGAGCGCGCGGUCCAGCCCCGGGCUGGGCGAGGGGCAGGGGGGUGACCCCAGUGGCUGGAAGAUGCCCACCCUCAGCUUCGAGAGGAGAACUGGCCCCGACUUGGACGAAUUCCUCCCGGCCAUCCGGAAAUCCCGCUCCACGAGCAGCCUGGCCAAGCCCGGCAGGGACAGACGGGACGGCCACCGGCCCCUGACCGUCCGCUUCGAGGACGAGGCCAUCGCGGGUGGCUCGGCUUCCUCCAGGAGCAGGAGCACGGUGCAGCCUGGCCUGGCCCCCGGGGGGGAUGCCGGCACCCUCUCCGACUCCUCCUCAUCCUCGGGCUCCGUCCGCUCCUCCAGGAGCGCUGACAGCAUCAAGCGCCGGCCGCGAAGGCCGGACGGGGAGGGCUGCAGCGGCAAAGGCACCGCCGAAAGCAGCGUGGAGAGCCUCCGAGUGGAGGCAGAAGGGAAGGAGGAUGACGUGAGCAGCAUCAUGAGGAAGUACCUCGGAAAAGAGUGAGGAAGCAAAAUUUGCAUAAUGCAAUGUCCCACUUAGCGCAGCCUCCGUCGCGGUGCGCUGCACUCACCGGCCCCUUACCCCAGCGAGGAGCCCCCACCAGGCUCCUCACCGCCCCACGCUUUGCAAGGGCACCUGAUGGGAAAUGUGUAACUUAAACAGGGACUGACAGCGGCUCCCCAAAAGACACGAGAUGGUUUUACAGCUGAGGCUCUCUUGGCUUUGAUUCUGGUUUCUAUGCGCUCCUGGUCUAUUCCGUGCCACUGCGGGUGCGCUCGGGGUCAGCCAUGGGGUGAAGCACGUUGCUCCUGCAGACACUCGGCUGCCCGAGGUGUCUCGCCCCCCUGUACACUGCUCAGAAUUAAGCAAAACAGCCGAAGGAUGCUUCCGGGGCUGGGUGUGAAAUGCAGUGACAGCAGAGCGGAGCAUGAGGGCUGGCCAACCCGAGCUGCGUGUUGAAGAGCACGUCGCAGGAUCUCUCUCCCUAUAUAAGUUUUU